AAAUUGUUUAAUUUGCUAUUAAAAUUUGUCAGUAGAUACGAUUUAUAUUAUAGUUUAUAAUCUAUCAUUUGUCAAUCCAUCUGUCUAUUUAUCUAUCCAUCCAUCUAUCCAUCUAUCUAGGUCUAUGCAUCUGUUUAUUCAUUGUUUAAAAUAUACUUAUUUCUGAGCUAUGGAUAUGCCUAAAUGUGUACAUUAAGAAGGAUAAUAAUUUUAAGAUACGCUAAACAUUGGCACAAUGUAAGAUAGUUGUUUUUUUUUUCGGUCAUAGAUGAAUCUAAAUUGAUGAUAACACUGAUGGAAAUAGAAAUAUCUAUGACUCUAUUAUAGAUCUGGAUGCGAGCUCCACUAUAAGAAUAUGAGCAUUGUGUAAUCAAUCGUAAGAUUGGUGAUUUUUUAAAAUUAUUUUUUAACAGAUGACUAAAGAAUGUGUACACGAAAUGCCUCUACCUGCAAAGUUAGCAUUGUGGUUGACAGUUUAUUACAUAACAAAGGACCAACAGUACUAUAAGAUGGGAUACAUAGAGUGGAUCAAUCGGCCUACAACGGAGAAACUGUCAAAGGCGUAUUUUAGGGCAUCAAGUUUAACGCUGUCUCCUCUGACUGUUUUAAUCUACGCCAUUCCUGCUGGACCUUUAGAUAUCCGGUUAAGUGCAGCUUAUUACCGCAGCCCUGUCCAGCGUUUAGCAAGUUACAGAAACUGGCCUUUGAGCCAUCCUCUGUCGGCCAUUGUUUUGGCACAGGAUGGACUGGUCCACGCUGUCGACACUGAGUGUGACCUAGAUUCUGAUCUUGUGAUUUGUCCCUUCUGCUUCUUUCAUUUCCGCAUCCAAUUGAAUGGAAGCUCUGUGUUUGAGGCACACCGCCAGGUGUCGCCUCCGUGCUCAUUUCUGGCAAGUAUUAGAGAAGAAGGCACGUAUAGUGACGUCUUCCAGUCCAACUCUCGUGCCCAGGAAAAUCACGCGAGACUUGCCAGAUUUGAAAGAAGCCAACGUAACAGAACAGUAAUAGUGAGAUUACAAAACAGUUUAUCUCAGAUUGAUCGUCCUAUUAGACAAAGCCAGUUCUCUAUUUGGGAGAUGCGAUCAUUGUCAAGAGACGCUCUUCAGGAAUAUGUUCGACACCUUUUUCAAAUGACCUCAAUUUAUUUUUCAAAUUUGGUAACAAGAUCGGCACAGCAGACUUCUGUUAUGACAAGAUCGACACAGCACACUUCUGUUAUGACAAGAUCGAGACAGCACACUUCUGUUAUGACAAGAUCGGCACAGCACACUUCUGUUAUGACAAGAUCGGCACAGCACACUUCUGUUAUGACAAGAUCGAGACAGCACACUUCUGUUAUGACAAGAUCGAGAAAGCACACUUCUGUUAUGACAAGAUCAAGACAGCUCACUUCUGUUAUGACAAGAUCGAGACAGCACACUUCUGUUAUGACAAGAUCGAGACAGCACACUUCUGUUAUGACAAGAUCGGCACAGCACACUUCUGUUAUGACAAGAUCGGCACAGCACACUUCUGUUAUGACAAGAUCGGCACAGCACACUUCUGUUAUGACAAGAUCGAGACAGCACACUUCUGUUAUGACAAGAUCAAGACAGCUCACUUCUGUUAUGACAAGAUCGAGACAGCACACUUCUGUUAUGACAAGAUCGAGACAGCACACUUCUGUUAUGACAAGAUCGAGACAGCACACUUCUGUUAUGACAAGAUCGACACAGCACACGUCUGUUAUGACAAGAUCGACACAGCACACUUCUGUUAUGACAAGAUCGACACAGCACACGUCUGUUAUGACAAGAUCGAGACAGCACACUUCUGUUAUGACAAGAUCGAGACAGCACACUUCUGUUAUGACAAGAUCGAUCGUUUACACACCAGACGAGCCUUAG